AUUGUAUUUUUGAAGUGUUUGAAGCUUCUUUAUAACGUCACUGCAGGCAAACAAGGCCUUGCAUCAGGCCUUGCACUGGUUGGCAUGGUGCCCCUGCAGGAUGGCCUCUGGUUCCCACAACUGAAAGGGGACCGAGACCACUCCAUACCUACUUAAAUGAGGGUAAUUCCCCUUCUUUAUUCUGUAACUCUUUAUUUGCUCUUAUUAAUCUCUUUCAUGGCUAUUACACACCUAUACUUAAGGCAGUGCUACAAACAAAUACACCUACUCCUCACUGUUUAAGUAAUUUAGCCUCUAGUGCUCUCCCCCAUUCCCCAAAGGGGAAAAGUCAAGUAAAAAGAAGUCAGUGAAAAUAAGGCAGGUGAUAUCAUGCUCAGCAAAUACACAAGAGCAUUGAAGGGGUCAUCCUGCACCAGAUUAUUAGUGCUCUGAACUAGUUAGUAAACCAGAGGGAUUCCUAGAGCCCAACUACUAAGCCAACUGUGGCUGCAAAGGUGGUUCUUCCCAUUUGGCACUCAGGAGCUUGCAACAUGCCCCAGGUCAAUAUCAGUCUUCACAGCUGGAAGGAAUAUCUCUGAAGCCAAAACAGCAAUACUAAAACUCAUAACGAACUGUAAUUCUUUUAACCCAAAUGGGCAUAUAUAUGCAUAUAUGAGCAAAGAAAAAAUUUUAAAGGAUAUCUUCCUAAACAGAUAAUAGUUUUUCUUUUUGCUCAUCCAUGUGUUCUAAUUUGUCUACAAUGAAAAUGUGUUACUUCUUUAAUUAAAAACUGUUUUAAAGGCAGCGGCGCGGGUGGUCACGGGCUGCCAGGCCAUGCCGCGCGGAGCUUGCGGCCGGCUUGCCUCAGCGCUGCGGGGGACACGCGCACAGCCGCCCGCGGUCGCCCAGAGGUGUGUGCACGCGUCCGUGUCACGGCCGUCCCCAGACCAGAGCGAGCGGACGCGGGAACCGCCCCGCGUCUUCGACCCAGCGCUGCUGGAGUUCCUGGUGUGCCCGCUCUCCAAGAAGCCGCUCCGAUAUGAAGCAUCGACAAAUGAACUGAUUAACGAAGAGUUAGGAAUAGCCUAUCCAAUUAUUGAUGGGAUUCCUAAUAUGAUACCACAGGCAGCUAGGAUGACACAUCAAAAUAAGAAGCAAGAAGAAACGGAGCAGCAUUAGAUCAUACGUAAAAACGACCACACACACAACUGAAUUUUCUAAAUACCAUCCACCUUUUAAAAAG